UACGUAAUAUGUAAAUAUUCCAUAAGUGCUUUGAGUUUAGCCGAAAUCUAUUGGAGGGUUUUACGUAAGUUUUAUGCUUCCAUAACAAACGAAAGUGCAACAAAGUUAUCCUGUCAAAAUAAUAUUAUAGAAUGGAGCUAGUCCGGUUUGCUAUAAAGUCCAGUAUUGUUGGUGGUUCCAUUUAUUACACUUAUACGGAAGGAUUGUGGUCAAAAUCGGAAGAAACUGCUAAAUUGUAUGAGAAACUAUAUGCAAAUCUUGCCCCAUACGUUAAAGAAAACGUACCCGAAGAAGUUAUUAAGGAAUGGGCUCAGUUACCAAGUGUGUCAUGCGUCACAAGUUUUGUGAAAACAUCCUGGAACAAUGGUGUUAUAACCAGCAUGAAAUUCAUCUCCGACUUACCAGCACACACUACUAAUCUAUAUGAAACUGCAGAAAAAUACAUAAAAACACUCAAUAUAUAGAAAUAAUGUUAAUUUUUACAUAAUGCUAUUAGUAUCAUGUACUUUAGAUAAACAUUAUACAAUUGAUAUUUAUAAAUAUGAAAAUUGUUUUUCUUGUA